AAAGCGAGCCAGCGGCGACGGCGUGACUCGUGAAAAUCCUCCGUAGUACGGUAGUAGGCAGUAGGCACCAAGCCACCAACCGAAACCAACAGCCCAGGCCACCACGCCUUCCCUUCGCCUCGCGGCUCGGCGUCCCGUCCCGUCCAUCCUAUACUGCCCCCAAAUCCGGCUUGCCCCGCAAACCAAGAGCUCCAGUUCCUCUUCCUCACGCCUCUCUGCCGUGCCAAUCCCUCCUCCGGCCCUCUCUCCAGGCUCCAGCGCUUUCUCCGGCGACGCCGGCACCGCCCCUAGACGCUUCCCGAAUCUAGGGUUCCCCUUUCCCGCCGUUGACGGCCGGAUCGCGCCCAGAGGAGCCUCCGCGAUGCUGCCGUGCGCGAGGUCGGUGCUUCGGAGGAGGGGGCUGGCGUCUUCCCUCCUGCGGAUGUGCGGCGGGGAGGGCCAGUGCUCCACCGGCACGGGGGAGCUGGUCGCCAAUGCCAGGUGUGCGAGCACGCUGGCCGCGCUCGGCGGCGGCGGGCGCGUGCUCGAGCGCGGCGCCAGGUGGGCAUAUCUGCAGACCGGCGUGAUUGGCGCGGGGCGGAUGGCGCGCACGCAGACCAGGUGUUUUCUCGGCUGCGGCGACGGGGAGGAGGGGGGCGUACUCUCCAAGGUCUACGAGGAGAGGCGUGUGAUGGGGUACUCGCCAGAGCAGAUGUUUGCCGUUGUCGCGGCAGUGGACCUCUACGAGGACUUUGUGCCGUGGUGCCAGCGAUCCAGGAUUGUUAGGCGGCAUGACGAUGGCUCAUUUGAUGCUGAGCUCGAGAUUGGAUUCAAGUUCCUUGUUGAAAGCUAUGUCUCCCGUGUGGAGAUGGAGAAGCCCAGGUAUAUCAAGACGACAGCAUCUGAAAGUGGACUUUUUGAUCAUUUGAUAAACGUUUGGGAAUUUAAGCCUGGUCCUGUUCCAGGGACAUGUGACCUCUACUUCUUAGUUGAUUUUAAGUUUCAAUCACCACUGUAUCGUCAGAUAUUUAUAAUCUCAGGUUGCAUCAAUGUUCUUCAAGGAAGUUGUUUCUCGACUAGUGAGCUCAUUUAGUGACCGUUGUUUUAGAAUAUAUGGCCCUGCUGUUCCAGUGCUGGAAAACACUUAUGGACAAGGAAGAUGAAGCCGUUAUGAUUCAAUUUCGAAGGAUGAAUCCUUUGUGGAUCUCUGGGAAUUCCUUGUAGUCAAAGCAUAAUCCUUCUAUAAUUGGUGGUAGUGCCAUUUAGGGCGCCAUCAGUCAAGGAAAUCGGUCACUUUUGAGUUCUCACUCAUGGCUAUUUCUGAGGUUAUUUUUUCGUCUAUUUCUAAAUUCGGUUCACAUGUAUACAACGAAAUGGCCAUUUCUUACGAUUAUUUACCAAGCCAUUCAGUCAAUCAGAUUCUGAUGUUCUGUUUGUUGAAGCAUAUGCA